GCGCCGGCCCGGGGAGGGGCGCCGCCAUCUUGUCCGCGCCUCCCGCCGGGCCCGCCGCCGCCGCCAUGCCGGAGGACAGGGACUGGGAGGCGUACAAGGUGCCCCCGACCCGCACCCCCGUCUCCGAGAGGACCACCUCGGUGCCCAACCCGGUCACCUUCUUCCAGACCGUCUUCAACUAUGUCGUCGAUGCGCCAGUCACCUUCGUCCGAGAGUGGAUCGAGCGCCAGCAAGCCAAGAACAGGUACUACUAUUACCACCAGAAGUUUCGCCGCGUGCCUGACCUGAGCGAGUGUCUGGAGGGCGACUACCUCUGCUUCUUCGAGGCCGAAGCACAGUGGAGGAGGGACAGGAUGGUUGAUCAAGAAAUUGUGGAGAUAGUCCGGGAAAGGCUAGGCGCAUGCAAGCAGAGGGAAGGACCCAACCAGUUCCAGAACUGCGCCAAGGAGAUGGAGCUGCUGGUGCAGGUCACCAAGGCCUACCAGGACAGAUACGGUGAUCUUGGUGUCCAUGGAAAUGCAAGGACAUGCCUGAUGAAGCAGAAGCACAGGAUGAUGGAGGAAAGGAAAGCACAAGCAAAUGUCUCUGAAUAGAUCUAAACGGUUGGCACCUCCUGCCGUGGUGCCUGUAUCCAGUACUGCAUGUUGUAUCUCAGAAUUUCGAUGCUGUUGACCUCUGCAAUAAAUGUGCAGCCCAGACAUCUGCCAUACAACUAGAA